CUCCACUGAGCUUCAGCGCGAUUCCUCCAUGACUCUGCUCAUGUAGCAGCAGGGAGGGAUGUGUUGUAUCAUCCAGGCAGCCCGGCAGACGCUUCGGUCCUUCAGUCGGAAUCCUGCUGCCUCAUCAUGGCUCUCAACAUCCCCGGCGUGGCCGUGAUGCUGCUCUUCUACCUGCUGGUCCUCGGGAUCGGCAUUUGGGCUUCUUUCAAGUCCAAAAAGGAAGCCAAAAAGGGCCAGGGGAAUAAGACGGAGAUGGCUCUGCUGGGCAACCGGGGCAUCAACCUGGUUGUCGGCAUCUUCACCAUGACAGCUACAUGGGUUGGAGGUGGAUUCAUCGUGGGCACAGCAGAGGCAGUGUACAACCCUUCCAUGGGACUGAUCUGGGCCGUGAUGCCUAUCGCAGCAACCAUGUGCUUCAUCAUUGGUGGCCUGUUCUUUGCUGAGCCGAUGAGAAACAAUAAGUAUGUGACCAUGAUGGAUCCUUUCCAGAUCAAAUAUGGAAAAGUACCGACGGCCGCUCUGUCUCUGGCCUCACUCGUAUCAGAGAUUAUGUGGGUAACAGGAACACUCAUAGGAUUAGGUGUAACUAUGAGUGUGAUCCUGAAUUUGUCCUACACUGUGAGCAUCUGGAUUUCUGCGGCUGUGGCCAUUACCUACACCCUGAUGGGAGGUCUCUACUCUGUGGCCUACACAGACAUCAUACAGCUCAUCCUUAUCUUCAUCAGCUUGUGGCUGUGCGUCCCCUUCGCUCUGAUGGGCCCUGCUGUGUUGGACAUCACUGAGACGGCCUACAACUACACCUUCCAGUCUCCAUGGGUUGGUUCUCUGGAGGCAGACAGAGCCUGGAGAUGGAUUGAUAACUUUCUACUUCUGGGUUUGGGGAACUUGGGUCUUCAGAACUUCCACCAGAGGACACUGUCAGCUGCCUCCUCGGCAACAGCCAAGAUCACCUGCUUUGCUGCUGCUUUCAUCGUUCCCACAUUAGGCAUCCCUCCCAUUCUCCUUGGUGCAGUGGCUGCAUCAACAGACUGGAACAUGACCUCUUAUGGUUCUCCGUCUCCAUUUGCACGUAACGAGACCGGACUCGUCCUGCCUAUCGUACUGCAGCACCUUACCCCAACCUACAUCUCCAUUAUCGGUAUUGGGGCAGUGGCCGCUGCUGUGAUGUCAUCCACUGAUUCUGCUUUGCUGUCUGCAGCCUCCAUCUUCACCGCCAACAUCUAUAGGAACAUUCUGAGGCCACUGGCGUCAGAGCGGGAGAUCCAGUGGGUGAUUCGGAUCUCAGUGGUGGUGGUGGGUCUGGCCGGUACCUCUCUCACCUUUCUGGACAAUAGUGUCCUGAUGAUCUGGAUGCUUCGAUCUGACCUCACCUACACCCUCAUGCUGCCGCAGCUUGUCUGUGUCCUCUUCUUUAGCAUCUCCAACAGUUAUGGGGCUGUGCUGGGCUGCGUGACAGGCAUGCUGUUGCGGGUGUUAUGUGGGGAGCCUCUGCUUGGGAUACCACCUGUUAUCAAAUUCCCAGGAUGCACUCUGGUAAAAGGCGUUUAUGUCCAGCGCUCUCCAAUCAGGACCAUCUGCAUGCUCUCUUCUGUGGCGGCCAUCUUGUUGUUCUCCUACCUGGCGUCUCUGCUCUUCAACCGAGGCCUGCUUCCUGAGAAAUGGGAUGUUUUUAAUGUAAAGACUCAGUACUCUAUACAAACACAAGAUGGCGACAAAUCCGACACUAAGAAUGAGAAUUUAAAAGAACCACAUGAGAACAAUGAAGUGUGUGAACCUAUGUUAGAAUCAACAUGUUAAGUCAAACCCUCAUUUAAAAUACAUUUUUAUACAUUUUACAUCAGUAUGGACUGGUUUAAGAACAAAUGUAUGUAAUGUGUAAUGACAUAAUUUUAACAGUACAAUAUAUUUUGAAUUUUUAUAUACUUUUAUAUACAGCAUAAAUUAAAAAAAAAAAAAAAACAUCACACCUAUGCUCUUUGUUAUGAUAAGAGCAUUUCAUUGAUGGAUUUUAAGACAAUAGACCUCUGGGCACAAAAUAUAAAAUGCCCCCCCCACACACACCCUGACCAGGAAUGCAAUCGUUAUAGUUGUUUCACGUCUUUUUGAGCAACAUUUUGCACAUUAACUAUUAGUACUGUUGUUGAUUGAACUUUAAUUUCUUGUUCAUGGAGCUGAAGGAGGACUGUUUAAGCCCUUCUCAAAGCUCCCAUGUAUUAUACACAAUGCUAUAGGUGCACACAAUUCUAUAAAAAACCAUUAAAGGAAACCUGUGAUGAAGGUCAUAUCUUCUUAAAGCAGAGCUGUGCAGAGUCAAAUAUAUUACAGACUUUGAUGUGGGCUUACUGUACCGUUGGUAUGCAUGAUGCAGCUCUAUUGUGUUGGAAAAAAACGAUAAAAAAUACAAUAAAAUAUCAGAUCAGACUUGGUAUUAGCAGGUACUCAGCAGUGAAAGACUCGGAUUGAGAUCAGGAGCAAAAAAAACAUGAAUAAGACAUCCCUGUAUUUGACUGAGCUCUUUGAAUUUCCAAAGACAAAUAUUAAUAAAAGUCACUUAAUAUAGAGGCUCACUGAACCCUUUGGGCCCCUGGGAUUGUGCCUGUUCGGCUCAUGAGAUAACCCACCCAUGCUUUAAAAGGUAAUUUUAUAUUUGAUCGUACAGUAUUUGUCUUUUGGUUUAGUUUCUGAAUUUAUAGCAGGGUUUAGCAUUUAAAAACAAUGUCAACAGUAAAGUAUUGUUAAUGUUGAAACCAAGGCAUGACCAGUGGUUAGUACUGCUGACAUGCAGCACCACUGCUGAGUGAGUGUGUAGAAUAUCCAGCAGAGCUGCCUUAUUAACCUGGUGAGGCCAAUGGAUUUAAUUAUGCUGUACUCAGGGCUGAGCAAAACAGAUUAUAUGGAGGCAAAGGGGCUUCAGUGACCUGAAAUUAUUUAAUAUAAUCAUUUAAUUUAAAACA